AUGUCGCUGACGGCGGAGUUGUUUGGAUUAUCCGCCCCGUCCUCGACGGCGGCGGGGGUGACGCAUGCAAGCGGCGCCCCCAACGCAACUUCCGUUUCGUUUGAACCGGCAAAUAAGGCAGCCUUUGAUAUUUUUGUCUUGGCACCUCAGGUGAAAAAAGCUACUCGUAAGGAGAAGCAACGUCUUCGUUUGCAGGAAAUGGGCACAGGCAAAAAGGGCACACAAAAACCUGAUGGCUCGAAGGAAAGAGAUACGGAUAACGAUGUCUUCAAGACGGUGCUACUCACCGAGGAUGUCAAGGAGGGCGUUGCCGCAGUAAAACAAAGGAAAUCGUUCAAAAAGCAUUUACGUCAUGCACUCCAUGAAAACAAGGAGGAGGAUGGCCGCACAGUGUUUGUUGGGAAUCUUGUGAAUGACGUUAAACGGCGGACAAUAGAAAAGGUUUUUAAGAAUUGUGGGGCAAUUGAAUGCGUCCGAGUUCGGGCACAGGCUGUGGAGCGCGGGGAAGAGGAAGGUUUUAGCAAGGACAGGCGUCAGAAGAGCGUGGGCCGCGCCAUACGUGUGCUACGUGGAGAGAUCAAGAAGGGUGACCAGUACAGUGCGGUGGCGUAUGUCCUAUUUAAGGAUGCAGCGUCAGUGACGAAGGCGUUGGAACAGAAUGGCAUAAUCGUGGAUGGACGUCACAUUGUGGUUACUGCAAUGGACGCCGAGAGCCGGGCCUACGCGCCGGAGACGUCUGUAUUCAUAGGCAAUAUUGCCUAUGACACCAAUGAGGAAAUGGUGUGGAAUUUCUUUCAGGAGAAGGGGGUGGGAGGUGUAAGACGUGUUCGCCUGAUCCGGGAUCGUGACACAGGCAGCUGCAAGGGGUUUGGCUACGUUGAGUUUCAUACGCCUGCCUCCGUGUCGCGAGCCAUUGCCGUCCGUGGCACUCUGUUGAACGGUCGGGAGGUUCGAAUUGUCCACGUGCAGAAGUCGAAAGCCGUGACUGCGACGAAGGCAAGCCGGCGGGAGAAGCGGAAGAAGGAGGAGCAGGUAACAGCCAACCGUGGCCACAGCGACGGGGGGAAAAACAAAAGGGUGCGUACGGAGGAAAAAGGGACGAAGCGACAGGCCAACGCAGAGGGAGAGUUUGCGUGGAUGGGCGUCGUGACAAACCCGCGCAAGAAAAUACCGAAGGACCUGCGGCCGUUAGUAGAGGGCAAACGAAGCCGCCCACCCUCAGGACCGCGAGCCCCGGUGAAGCGAAAAAUGCGCAACCCGGAGAAAUAG